AUGACUUCGAAUUUUGAAACAGGUAUUAAGGCGACAUUCUUGGGUACAAAGAAACAUGGCAUGACAGAUGAGGAAUUUGAGCAACACUACACCAAAAUCCAUAUCCCUAUGGUAGCUGAGAUUCUUGUUCGACACAAUGUUCUCCAGUAUUCCGUGCAAUUUAUAACUCGCAAGAACAAAGAAAAGAUUCAAGCUCUUUUUAACAAUGCUGUCGAAAGCAUUGAUUGCGAUGCUGUUGUUACUACCAUCUUUCCGGAUAUGGAUGCUUUAGAAGCAACUUUUGCAGAUCCAGACUUGCCAGCAAAGUUACAUCCUGAUGAGAAGAAUUUCACAGAAGAUGAUCGUCGCAUGGUUAUUGGCAAAGAGUACUUUGGAGUUCGCGAUGGGAAAAGGGUGGACUGA